AUGAGUUCUGAUUUACCUGAUAUAACAAAAUUUCUUCAUGAUGAAACAAAAAAUAAACUUGUUAUUUAUGAAUUAGAAUUCAAUAAAAUUGAUGAUCCAAAUGAAAAACUUCAUACUCACGCUAAAUCCCAAGGACAAUGCGCAUGUCGAUUAUGGUUAAUUUUAUUUUUAGUAAAUUUUGCCAUAAUAGCUAUCGUUAUGCUUUUACUUCUUUUACUCUUAAUUGAAAUUGGACCUGUGCGUGUGUUUUGGUUAUGGUGUGUAAAUAUGUCAUUUAUCAAAACUGAUCCUCGACAUGUAUUAUCAUGUGGUAUUUUCUAUUGCAUCCUUAUUGGUUCAACAACAUUGUCGAAUUUAUAUUUAGCAUCGAUUUCUAUUGAUAGAAGUAUCAUGAUUCUUUGUCCAAUGCGUUAUCGUUCAAUAGUUACACGACCUCAUGCGAUAUGUCGUAUUAUAUUGAUUUGUUUAGUAAUUACUUUAGUUUUAAUUCCUCAUUAUUUUUAUUUACAUUAUGAUGCAAAAGCUAUAUUAUUUCUUUGUAAUUUUACUUCAUCAAAUAAUCGCCAACGAAUUCAUUUCAUAUCAUUAAUACAUACAAUUCUUUUUGUAUCUAUUCCAUCAUUGAUUGUAUGUAUAUCUUCAAUUAUUUUACUAAAUAAUCGACGUCAACACAAACGCAAGCAUAAAAGAGCUUUAAGUUUAAAUGCUCGACGUAUGCAUAAACGUUCAGUACUAAUUUUUUUACUUUCACUUUGGUUCUUUCUAUCUUUAUUACCAGCAUUUAUUGUCGAAAUAUUUGUUUUAUAUGAUCGAUUUUUCUAUGAUGAUAUACGUUGUUCAAUACGAUUGAAAAUAUAUAAAAUUUUAUACAAUUGCUUUUUAAUAUUUUCAUCAAUUAAUUAUUCGACUAAAUUUUACAUUCAUCUUAUUAUAUCGACAUCAUUUCGAGAGAGUUUUAUUCAAUUUAUUUGUUGUCAAAACCAUAAAAAAUCAUCGGGAUUAAUAAAAAUGAAUAACAAAAACAAGAAUAAACACCGUUUACUUCCACUUUUGAAUCAGAACAAAGCAAAUGUUAUCGAAAUUUAA